AGCCGCGCGCGUUCAAAACACCGCUCGCCCUCCCCGCUUUUCCGCUUCCUGCCCUCUUUUUGUUUAGCGCUGCUUUUCGCUCCCCCGUAGCGCUUUUUUGAAGUACUUCUCGCAUCGUCGGCUUUUUCUUAUUUUUUUUAUUUUUUAUUUGCUCUUCUCAGACGAUGCGGCCGUUUUCCGCAUUCUCCCCCGGAAACGCGCUUGUUUUACCGAGAUUCUCUAACGGCGCCCGACUGUUGUUCGCUUGCCCGCUUGUGGCUUUCGGCGGAUAUGGACUCCGUGAGAAAUAAAAGCGCAUAAAUGCGCCCGCCGUCGAGGGGAUAUCCCGCGUUUGAAACCGAGGAGGCGCGUGGGCCCCCGGCUGCAGCCUGGCCCGCGCCGCGGCGCCGAUGAAGAACCCGAGGGCCGCGGGGAGCCGUCGGUUGGCGGGCCUGCUGGAGGCCGCGCUGCUCAGGGAGACUCGUCUCUGGAAGGUGCCGGUCUUCAAGAAUGGAGGCGUCCAGGGCGCUGACGUCUCUUCCUCCCAACACCAAGAAAUGAUCCUCUGGCUCGGCGAGAUGAACCGGAUGUUCCAUUUCUGUCCAGAGACCUUCGCGCUGGGAGUUUGUGUCCUCAGCCGAUUGCUGUUCACUGUCAAGGCCCAAACAAAAUACCUGAAAUGCAUCGCUUUUACCUCGUUGGUCCUGGCUGCCAAAAUCAACGAGGAAGACGAGGUGAUCGGUUCUGUUCAGGAUCUGGUUGUGCAGAGCGGAUGCAACUUUUCAACAGCGGAGAUUCUUCGCAUGGAGAGGAUCAUUCUUGACAAGCUGAACUGGGACUUGUACAUCGCGACGCCGGUCGACUUCAUUCACAUAGUGAGUUGGCAGACGUUCUUCUUUCUUAUUUUAUAUUAACAUAAUAAUAAUAUGAAAUAUAAUGGAAUGGUGCUUGACCUACAAAAAAAAAUAAAGUGUGUGAAACAAAGCAACAAAGACCCGUUUUUAGCACAAGAUGUGAACGGAGGUGUGUCUCAUGGCUGCUAGCCGAAUAAGAGUAAGAGGCGACGGCACCGACUUCCUGCUGCCGAACCGUUUUAUCAAACCUCACGAGACUUGAGAGCGACCGUUUGGGUUGAAUCCAUAACGUGCCGUGUGGAUUGUCCCGUGCUGCGUCACUGAGUUUAUGGCACAUUAUUGUUUAACAGCUCGUCUCUGUUCUCGGUAGUUUAAUUAUUAAACUCUCACAAAUCAUUGAUUGAGGCAGUAACCACCGACUGAGCUGGAAACGCACACAGAGCAUCAUGCCGUCAUCUCAGACGUAAUGAUCCUAAAGGUCACCAAGUGUCGCCCAACUUCUACGGUGGAUGUAAAACGCGAACCCUUAACAUGUGUCAAAGGAAACGAAUGCUCCAUGACUGCAGCCCGACAGUUUCACCCACAAUGUAUUGAUUCACAGCAUUCAGGGGAUUUCCAUUGACACAACUUCCUAAUUACCCUCCCCACCCGUACCCAUCCCUCACCUGUGUUAUUAUGUUUUGCGAUUAUUAACAUUUGGAGAAAAGCCACAAACAAACUAUAAAACAUGUCAUUUCUGACAGUCACAAUCUGACUGGUAUCAAUGUCGUAGUUAUUGUCCGAAAUGAUUAUUGUCCCCGCAACUCCACUUUAGGUUUUACAAAAAUCUUUUGAAAUUAAGAGACAUAAUGUAUUGAUAAAAACUAUAAUAAAAUAAAGACAUUUUCUCUUUAUACUAUUUGAAUAAAUACAUUUUUUUCAAAUAAAUAUUUUUUUGAACAAUUCCGUAUCUCACAAUUCCAUCUCCUGCCCCGCAGGAAUUACUUUGCUAAAUCCUCUGUAAAACAGCAAUCGACAAGCUCUAUUAGUCACAGACUCGCCACCAUGACACUUUGAUAUGGAUUAAUAGGAGGAUUUACAGCGACGCUUUCUCUCCCUGUGCUUCAGUAAAGGCAGACGGACUGCUGUGUGACACAAGCCGGCAAUUCCAAUUUCUUUUUGCUACGUUACAAAAAUUCCCAGAUUUCUCGUAACGUGAAGUGGGAGAACACGUUGAGGGACUUUGUUUCUUUUUUUAGUUUUAAAAUGUUAAAAGCAACUUUUGCACAGAUUUCCGUCUUGCGCCACACAGAAGAAUCUGCCUCCGCCGAGCUCCCCUCUCUUUAAAAACCGGCGGCGUUUUGCUACACGACGACACGAAUGCAGGAAACGCAAAGACACGUUGGGGGGGGGGGGGGACGCGUUGAUGUUCAUCCCGUUUUUGAGUAUGAAGAAAGGGACUGAAGCUCGAAGAGGAGCCUCCUCUCAGGUCAUGAGCUACCGUUCCGGCCUACAAAUGGGAACACAGAAAAGCACGUACGAUACGAACAAGUUACUAUGGUUCCUCCGGCAGACGGGCGGCUCUACCUCGGUCUAAAAACCUGACGGCGAGAUUCCGCUCGCGGUGUCCUCCUGUUGGACUCAAAGGAAAAAUGCGUUGACCUUUUCUUUUCUUUUUUACGUCUGGCAUAUAAGGUUGGACGUUGACUGACCAGGUAGCACAGGUUGGGUGGACAAUGACAUCAUCACGCUAACGUUUCGGUCCCC